AGCAGCAAUAGCGUGAUAACAGAUAACGAAAGCCAUGAUUGGAUUCAAAUUGCUCACCGUCGCCGCCUGCCUGGCCGCGGGGUCGAUGGUCGCUGCCCAGGACUACCAGGAGUACCGGCAGGCACCACUGCGGAUCGGCACGAAGGCCGAGGAGCCGAAACCAACGCCGGUUCCGAUUCUCAAACAGAUCAACAGACACAACGAGGAUGGUUCGUACACGUACGGGUACGAGGGUGCGGACGGUUCGUUCAAGAUCGAGACGAAGCUGGCGACCGGUGAGGUGAAGGGCAAGUACGGUUACGUCGACGAGAACGGCAAGGUGAAGGUGGUCGAGUACGGUGCGAACAAGUAUGGGUUCCAGCCAUCGGGCGAAGGCAUCACCGUUCCACCCCCGACGCUGGUCGACGAAACGACGGACAAGAACGGAGCGCUGCUGGAGGGUGGUGACGGUGGGGAUGACAAUCUGCCUCUCCAGCGCCCCCACCAGCACAAGCAGCAUCGCCCGAGCGGCGCUUCGAAGCCGCGCUUCCAGGAGGUGCACCCUCAACCCCAACGUCAACCCCAGCAACCCCAAUACUACGACUACGAUGAACCCCAGCAACAGCAGCAGCCACAGGAACCUCGCUACCAGCAGCAGCAGCAGCAACCGGCCCCCCAGUACGUCCAGCGGUCACAGUUCGGAGCGCAACCGGCCACCGGUCUCGGUCCGGUCCCAGCCCGGCCCCUCCACGUACCGAACGCCGUCCCGGUCGAUGUCGUGUACUCGCCGAAGCAGCUCCCGGCACGCCCCGACACCGAGUACCGUAACGUGCAGGGACCGCACACCUUCCCCUCAGCACACCCGGCCCCCGCAUCCGCCAACACGAUCCGGUUCUCCCAGCCCUCCUUCGCACCAGCACCACCGUCGGCCCCGCAACACCACCACCACAAGUCCGCCCAAGCCCCGGCAUUCGGACCGGCCCCGAUCCCGCAACCGGCCGUCUACCAGCCCCGACCGGCUCAGGGACGCAGCACGAGCGUUCUCGAUCAGCUGGCCAAGGAUUACGCGCUGCCGCAGGGUGGUGCCGCACCCCUGCACGACAUCACCUUUGGCUACUACUGAGCGCCGAUGACGACGACGCCCCUCGGUUCCGUUCGGUUUUUUUUUUUUCAAAGCAAACAUCUGACGGAGAUAGAAUGAUGUAGACUCCCCCGAAAGGGAUGAAGGGGGAUGAGGGUGGCAAACAAUAAACUCAAAACUCCUGGCCUACGA